CAGAAGCUUUCUCUGGAAUCAGAUGUCAAGGUUUAAUUCCAUUGAAUGGACAGCAAAUUGACCUAUGGAUAUAUACUAUGCUAUCUCUUAUCAAUUAGAUUUCCUAUGUUCUUCAUAACGAUUCUGGGUGGUAAUUCUAUAAUCCUGUGGAUUUACCAUUUUAAUUAAAAUGAAUGACAAACUUCCUUUGUUUAAUAAAUCGUAUGGAAAUAAUGUCAGCUCUAAAUGUUUCGUCACAGCACAGUUUGCAAGAUCAGAUGCAACUAAUCAGUCGGUUAAUCUAAACAGAGAUGAAACGUUGGCCCAGGCUGAAAUUUCUGUUCAAGUUGUGAUUUUCGUGCUGGCUGUUUUCGGAAAUGCAACUGUUUUAGCAGUUUUGUUGCCAAGAAAAAAAUCCAGGAUGUAUUUGUUUAUGAUGCAUUUAAGUUUAGCAGAUCUUUUUGUUGCCUUUUUCAAUGUUUUACCACAGCUCAUUUGGGAUAUUACUUACGUUUUCAUUGGAAACGAUAUUUUAUGCCGGUUUGUGAAAUACUUACAAAUCGUCGUCAUCUAUGCUUCAUCGUACGUAAUGUUAAUGUCGGCCAUAGAUAGGUAUAUUGCAAUUUGCCAUCCAUUUUUCAGUCAUAAAAUUCGUUCAGGAAGAGUCCAUUUGAUGGUCUUUAUAGCUUGGAGCUUAUCUCUCAUUCUUCCAGUUCCACAACUUUUUAUAUUUUCUUACAAAAUACGAGAAGAUGGACAAUAUGACUGCUGGGCUACGUUUGAUCCAGCUUGGACGCUGCAACUUUACAUCACUUAUUUUACAUUCAGCGUAUACGUUGUGCCGAUGAUUAUUUUAACUUUUUGUUACGGUCGAAUUUGUUUCGUUGUCAUCAAAAGGAGCCGUAGGAAUGAGCAGCUGGCCCUCAGCAGAAGAAUAUCUAGUUCUUCUAUUUAUCAUGACAAUACUCAAUACAGGAAUAUGCAGACUGUAAAGUUUUGUGUAAAAGUAGAAACAUGUCGACCCAAUGGUAUUUCUAGAGCUAAGAUUAAGACGGUGAGGUUAACCCUAGCUGUGGUAAUGUGUUACUUUAUCUGCUGGACCCCCUUCUUCCUGUUUCAACUCUGGGCUGCCUAUGAUCCUUCAGCUCCAUAUACAAGUACUGCAUUUGUCAUCAUUUUGUUGUUAGCCAGCUUGAACAGUUGUACAAAUCCCUGGAUCUACCUAGCGUUCAGUGAUGGCUUCAUGGACAGAUUACGGCGCUGGAGGACAGGUCAACCGCCCGUCUCUCACUGUGUCCUCAGCGGAUUUCCUAACCAAACAACAACAGACGGGGCUUUCCUAUAAGGCACAAGACAUUCACCCGGAGACAGUUUUUUAAAAUUAAGAGAAAUAUAUAUUUAAAAAAAAUUAACAUGAUUAGUAAUACUAAUUUUUUUUUAAAUAAAAAAACCCAAUCACUUUAGUGGAUUGUUAAUUAUGUUUAGACAAUUUCUUUUGCUUAACAGCCUGUAUUGAUCUUAUAUAUCAAAUGUUCCCUGCAAUGACUUUCAGCGAAUCAAGGUUGCUACAGAUACCUACUCGUGCUUUUGUAAUUCAAUAUUGAAACUUUUUUCCUAUGAAAGAUAUAUAAAUCUUUACAAGUAAACUGAUCUACACUUCUUUCAUAAUAUCAUUUAAUUGUUGAGUAUUUUAUGGGAAUUAUUCCCCAUAACGACGAGAUUGAAUCUUUGAAAACUUGAAAAGAUCCAGCCUGUUACAUUGUUUUGACCUUUACAAUAAAAACAACAUAAUCAUUAGGUCGCAAUAUGACUGACAUGCCUCGUACAAUUUUUAGACUAUGUAUGCGCUUUUUUACUCAUAUAUUAAAUUUUCACCUUUUACUAAAUUUGUCUACAGAACAUACUAAAUACAUACAUAACAAGACGGAUGCAACAGAUCGACAAGGGAUGACUACUACUACUGGGCACCUGUUCCCUUCUCUGUAAUUUACGGGGUUCUUGUUUUAUAACAUGUUUACGGCAUUGUAUAUGUAUUUUUGUAGUUCUGCUUUGAUAGAUCAAUGUUAGUUUUCUUCACCUUCCUAAUUUUAGUUUAAUGGUAUAUAGCAAAAUCAACAGACGAAUGAAAAUGCAUACCAUAAUUGAUGAAAUAUCAUUGAAUGUCGAAUAAAAAUCUGUUGCUA